AUGUGUCUGGUAGUUUUUCUACUAAGAAAAACGAAAAGUUUUUCAGUAGCAACAACUGCUUUCGAUUAUUUUGGAGGGACGCUCAGUUAUUUGAUCAUAUCGAUCCCAAUUUUUUUGACGCAUGAUUACGAUGAGCUCUCUGGGAUUGAACUUUCUGGUGUUAUCAGUCGUAAUGCCUUCUACUAUUUGUAUCUCAUCUACAGCUUCUCACGCUUGAUUGCAUUAUCAGAAGUUGUGGGCGAUAUGGCUGGCGUAACGCAUCGGGUGAUAGGACUGUACGAAGAGUUGGUGCGAUUACAUAUCGAUAGGCUUGAAAUAGAUCGUCCACCAUCGACUGUCCCGUCUUCCGUUGUUGUGAUCGCAUCAGAGGAUUCCGAAAAAGGAAAUGCCAUCCCAAAAACAAAAGUUAGUAUUUUUUUUUCAAAUGCCAAAAAUAAUCCAUAUUAUUUCAUAUAA